UCCGUGCCGACGGUUUUGCAAUCCGUUCCCUCAGUUUAUAAACCGUACCCACGAAUUCUUAAACUGUUCCCUCGGUUUAAUAAAUCGUGCCCACGGAUUAAUAAACCGUACCCACGAAUUUCCAAUCCGUGCGCUCAGAUUUUGCAAACCGUACCCUCGGUUUUUAAAUCCGUUCCCACAAAUUCAUAAUCCGUGCGCACGCUUUCACAAUCCGUUCCCACGGUUUUGUAAAAACUGUACUCACGGAUUCAUUUUAGAAGAAGAACAUAGUAUAGGCCUACUUUACUACAGUAAACUGCAGUGUAUAUUGUAGAAAACUUAGUUCAAUAUUGGGUAAAGUAAUUGUUUAUAUUACUAUAGUUGUUAUAUUAUCACAGCAACUAUAGAAUUACCACGAUAAAUUAAUUCAGGUACUUCACUAUAUAUGGUUAAAAAACACUAUAGUAUUUACUAUAAAUUACUAUAGUAUUUUUUCAACACGUUCUCACUCCCAACUCGUCACAUAUGGACGCUUGGUCAGGACCCCUUGGCGUCACAUAUUAACGCACUGGGUACCCCCUUGGCGUCAUUUUUCAACGAGCAGGGCAGUCCGAUAGACUUCAAUGGAACUCUGAACCGGAGCCUGCGGCGUUGAAAUUUGACGUCUUGGGUAAACACACCGCAGCCCGUUGUCUGCUGUGGAUGGAUCGAGACUACAAUAAAUAAGAAUAGAUAGGAAUAGGCUGCAAUAAAUGAUCUAUGCCGAGUGUGGUCAAAUGGCGGCCCCCAUAUCAUCUUUAUCUGGCCACCCAACUGGUUUUUAAUGUUAAGAAAUCCCUCGCAGUCUGAUAUUAAAGUGCCCUCUGAGAAAAAGGGGGAGCGUUCACAGAAAAUGAACAACGGUGAGUUUAACAACGGUCAUCGUGUGUGCGACAGCAUUCAGCGGUGAGUUUAACAACGCCCCACUGCAGCUAAAGCAUCAUUCAGAGGUGAGUUUAACCAAAACAACGCUCAACUGCAGGUAGAACAGCAUUCAGAGGUGAGUUUAACAACGCUCCACGGUGCGUGUAGUAAGAAGUUUAAGCGUUUUCUGGUCACAGGGUAAGUGACUAAUUAGGGUGCAUGCUGGAUAAUGUAUUUUUAUAGGACUCUGGUAUUGAUAAAUAAAUAUGUAUAUAUGCUUGUGUUCGAUUAAUCAAUGUCUUGUUUGUUUAUUUAUUUAUUUAUUAAAAAUCCUCAAAAUUAAUAACGCUGACGUCAUUGUAUGGCGCGAUCGCGAUCCCAAGGUCCAUUGCGAUUUUCCACUUGGUAAGUAGAAAAGUUAAUUAAUAGAGAUCGAGACUAUUCUUAAAUUCACACACUAAAAACUGUAGAAUCAGGUCAAGUUGUGUUUAGAACUUUUAGAAGUGUAAGGCAGCAAUUUAUUAGGACGGUUAAUGAUAGAAAACUUUUUUAUAUAUAUAUAAAUUACUUGCUGCACCAAAUGUGCAGUAGGCUAGCAAAGUUAGCUAAUUAAAUUCAAGUUAAUUUUUUUCGCAUAUAAUCAUGAAGGUGCAAUCAUGGGGAAUACAAGAUUUUCAGUACUGAUGUGUUUCCAGUUACCUAUUUUACAUACUCAGACUGCCACUUUAGCCAACAUUAUAAAUGGUCCGGUAAAAAACAGGGUUGCCAGAUUAGUUUGUUUUCCAGCCCAGUAAUUGUUUAAAAUCCACAAAUAAUCUGACAAUAAACGCCUAAAUAUUAUCUAUAAUAAACAGUAGAAACAAAUUCAUAACAACAACAUUAUUGUGUCUCAGCACAAUUUCUCACUAUGAAAUAAAACCAUGUGUAUAAUUAAUGUAGUAAUAAAUUAUGUUGUCAUAAGUUAUUAAUUGAUUCAUGUACUUUUUACAGUGAGUUCUGCUGUGGUUUUGUUUGGAACUAAUUUUGUUGGCGAAAUAGAGAAAAACUUACAUUAUUAACAAUUUUUGUGUAAAAUGUAUUUAACAGUAUUAACUUUUUGCUUAUUCAACUGUAUAAAAUCAAUUUUACAUACACUCAAGCCCAAUCUGGCAACACAGGUGAAGAGAAUACUGAUGUAAAAUGUUCAAUUCUGUUUUUUUGUUUGUCUCUUUGUUUUUUCUUUUUCAUCAUUAGGUCCCUCAAAUUUGCCAGCAAAAAUUAUCUUUAUUCUAACACUCCAACACAUACACACACACACACACACACACACACACACACACAAUAAAUAACAAAGGCACUUUUAAGAGCCACGUCCAUCUUGUUAACCUGUACCCAUCACCUGUACUCUCUUCAGCUCUCUCUCUCUGUCUCUCCUCUCUGUCUCUCUUUGUCCCCCCCCCCCCCCCUCCCUGUUUUAUUUGUCCAUCUCUUUGUUGUGAGUCUUUCUGUCUGUUUGUUUUUCUGCCCAUCACUAUGUCCAUGAGUGAUUCAGAAAUCCAAGAAAAUCUAAUGGUCUUGGAUAACUUGGUUGAUCAUCAAGAACUGAAGGAUGAGCUCCAAAGUCUUGAUGACUUUCUUGGUGAGCUGCAAGAAGAGGAGGCGGCAGCAGCACCAGCAAAGAUGCCUGAGCCAAGGCAACCAAGGGUGCACUGGAGAAAAAGAGACGUGCAUGGAAAUAUUGUCUAUGCAAGGCCAAGAUCAAGCAGGCAUCAGUCAAAAAAGGCUGAUCACAUUCAGAACAUUGAUCCUCCCUUCAAUGCUCCUGACACUAACUGUGAGGUGGCCUUUGCUCCAGAGACUGUUGAGUGUUUUCUACAAGAUCUCCAGCACUCACUGAGCGAUUCCUCAGGUGAUGAGGCAUCACCUCUUGGAACCCCAAGAGAUCCUCUUCUGGCAUCCUCGAACUGGAGCAUACGUCAGAGUCUCUUUUCAGAGAGGUGGAGGGCAGAGAGACCCCGUCUGGUAAACACGGCUGCAGCAAAAGAAAGUGUGGCAACACACAUCUGCCAACAGUGUAGGAGCAGUCCAGCAGUUAUCCGGUGUUGUGACUGUCGACCACGCCCCUUCUUCUGUGCUGAAUGUGACAUCAGCAUGCACACCAGACAUGUCCUCCACAAUAGAGAUGCCAUGACUGCUGGAUUCUUCCAGCCAUUGCCUCCAACAACUGUUGUGGUGGAUAAGGCUCUUUCCCAAUGUGUGCGGCUUGUACCUGUGGAAAUGCCUGAAAAAAUCUGUGGUUGUUCACCAGAGUCAUUGAGGGUCAGUCCAGGAAAGACUGUUGCUGUGGUCACAAUGAAUGGACGAUAUGAUCUAAGCAUGCCCGAGUUAUUUUGUGAGGCAUGCCAAGCCACUUGGACUGCUGCAGUGGCCGACCUAAACGGCAGUGACUACUGGCCGGCAACCCUUCAGUUUGCCACAAUGUAUACUACCGAUAUAUUUUUCUCAUUUGAGGAAAUGAAGAUGGUGGCACCAGGACUGUCCUGCCAAGCAUUUUUAAGAAUGCUGGAUCAGCGAACUGUUCGCUUUGGUCGUACUGGCAAGAUCUCUGCAGACAGUUUUCAGAAGAGUUUUUUUGAGUGGGAGGCUGUACGAUUUGAGGUGGACAGUAUAUGCAAGGAAGAGCCCUUCAUCUGCCCUGCAUGCACCCCAAAUAUGCUCGCCGUUUCCGUAGAUGGAAACCGCAAGCACUACCGUUUUAAGAAUGCUGCUAGAUCUGAGGAACAGGCCAUCUUUGAAGGCAUCUUUAUAGCCAAGGAUGAAGAUGUUACGAGAUUUGUGGACCACAUUCACAGCACAACCAAACAUGUCGGUGGGAGAGGUGUUUGUGGAGGCGAGUGGUCAGCAGCCAGAGAGACCUCCCAAAGAUCUGCCAGCAAGGUAGACGAAGAGGGAUUGGAGCUUGCGGUUUGUCGGCACGGAGUGCUGCUCUGUGCUUUAAAUAUGUACAGGGGUGAAAUUUUUGCCUAUCCCCUGUACCUUCAAGAAAAGCUGGCCAGUAGGCAAGUCACUUUUUUUUGUAUGGAUGUGACCUGCAAAUAUUGGCCCUACCUGCAAAGAGUUGCAAAAAGCUGCCCAGAGCUCCAGCACCUCCUGAACAUGAGGCCAUUCCUUUCGGUAUUUCAUGCCAAAGCACAUGAUUUUAAAUGCGAGGUGAAAUGGAGUGGGGCGUAUCAGGAUGGGGCUGGACUAACACUAGGGGAGGAGGUGGAACAGUGCAAUGCCUUCCUCUCUAGGAUUGCAGUGACGACAAAACAUAUGUCAAAAGCAGGACGCACAGACAUGCUGACUCUCAUGGCCAUGCGCUGGAAUCAGCAAAAGUUCAGAAAUUUGGCAGUUUCACUGUCUCGCCGAUAUCAGAAGACCAGAAAAGCUCUGCAAAGCCAGUUACGAAACCUAGAGUCCAUGAAAGCCCAAUUGGCAGUGACAGAGAGCCAAUUGGAAGACUGGGUCAGUGAUGUAAAGGAGUGGGCAGAUGCAACAGUAACAACCACAAAUGAUGCUGAUGGCUUGGCCAGCAGAAUUGAGGUCCUGGUAGCGAGUAUCAAGAGACGUUCCCAGCGUCUCUAUAAAGAUACCGAUGGGAACAAAGGUCGUGCCAGAAUCCGCCGCAAGAUCAGGGAGGAGAAGGGGAUCCUGACAUCUGUUGUGGAGAAAUACAACAGAAUGGUUCCGAGCACAGAAAGUCUUUGCAUGGAAACCAUUCUGUCUGGUGAAACAGCUUGGCCAUGGCAGCUACCACACAAUGACUCUGUCGAUCUAAGGACAAAAAGAAGAGCGUUUGACAUCAUCAUGUCAGUAAGAAGACUUGAGGAAGAGCUGAAGAUUCUUGUGGCAGAGAUGGACCACCACUGGAAAUCUCUUUCAACUCGUGCUGAUAACCUCAGAGAGCUGUCCCGCAUGUUUGCCAGUGAGACAAUGAGAAAUUCACCAUGUGGCCUAAGUGAAGAGGGUUUGAAAGGUCUGCAGAGCAUCAUCCUCAGAAAGCAACAUAAAGUCAGAGAAAUGAAGGUGCAAGCAAGAGACUGUUACCUGCAAGUUUUGUCUGGAGAAGGCAACAUCAACUUUUUGUACAGUGCUUCAGCUGAUGAGUACGACAGUGACUGUGAAAUGUCUGAUGACGGACUGUAAUCCACAAGACUGUGACACCUUUCAUCGUUCUGGACAAUGACCUUAACUCUGGAUAUUAAGAAUGUAAUAAAAUCUGCUUUUCAUCACCUUUAUAAAUGGAACCAAAAGUGUUGCCUCUUCUUUCACUUACAUAGAAAUGUGUGCUUGCAUGCCUAUAGAACCAGUCUGUGGUGGAAAUUAAGUGCAUUAAUUAAAGAGAUUUGAGGUAUGAGUUGUUUCUUCUCAUCCAACUUUUUACUUAUACAUUUUACUUAUAAAUUCUGAGAGAAAAAAAAUGCAUUUGACAGCACAUGGAGAGCUUAUAAAAUGACAUUUUGUUGCAAAAGAAACUUCUCAACAGUACAAUUAGUUGAUUGGCAGAAAAUUAAUUUUAAUAAUUUUCAUGCAAAAACAUUUAAUGGUUCCAGCAUGUAUUUUUUAUUUGAGGUUUGAACUGUUCACAGCUUUUAUCAAUGUAUCUUUUUGGGUUGUGUGUAAUUGUGUCUGAUUUUCUCAUUUUCAUACUUUAUCACAAACCAAACUCUUCAUUUGUCGAGAAAUAAAUAGCAGAUUAAUUUAUUAUGAAAAUAAUCUUUAGUCUAGGUUGUGUACAAAAUAAUUAAUAAUCUUGCAUGAGUAAUAAUAAUUUAAGGU